AUGGCGCAUUCCCAAGAAACCGAUCUUCCAGGGGCGUCUGCAUGCACCCUAGGAAGUAGGGCUAGGGCUAGGGCUAGGGCUGGGGCUAGGGCUGGGGCUGGGGGGCACAGUGAAAUCUUGGCGUUUGUAUUGCAUAAUACGUAUUGGUUUAGCCCUUCCGGUGUAAGCAGCGAACCUUGCUGGAACAAUACAAUACAAUACAAUACGAGCUCGGGUCCGAGUAAGCAGCAAGACGCAACCAACGGACAAACCCGUCGCCCGGUUGACACCUUGCACACAGCUGCCGGCAGGUGGGCCAUCCAACAAUGCCAUUUACAAUGUGUGAGAGGAGGGGGUUUGUUUCCCCACAUAGAUACGCUAGACACAACACUCCCAGGCCUUGUUUGUGUUGCGCUUGCUGCCAGUCCAGACGAGGCCACGGCUGCACAUCAGGUUCCUGUUACCUAA